AUGCACUCUAACAAAUCAUCAAAACAUAACAUAAUACUGAAACAUAAGAAUAUAUAAAUACAAUCACCUACCAAUCACCACUAGUAGUUCUCUAAUGGCUCCUUUUGCUACUUCCUCGUUUAUGUUUGUCAUCACCGUUCUCGUCGCAGCAUCUUUGAUUGAAGUGGCUGCUGCGGCAGGCGGUUUUUACCAGAACUUCGACAUUACUUGGGGAGCUGGCCGUGCCAAAAUUUUGAGUGGCGGUCAGCUCCUCACACUGACCCUUGACAGGGCCUCUGGCUCUGGCUUUAAAUCAAAAAACGAAUACCUCUUUGGGAAGAUUGAUAUGCAAAUCAAGCUUGUUCCCGGUAACUCUGCUGGGACUGUCACUGCUUACUAUUUAUCGUCCCUAGGACCUACACAUGAUGAGAUAGAUUUUGAAUUCUUGGGCAACACCACCGGUCAGCCUUAUACGCUCCACACAAACAUCUUCACUCAAGGGAAAGGUAACAGAGAGCAACAAUUUCGUCUCUGGUUUGACCCAACAAAAGACUUCCAUACCUAUUCCGUUCUCUGGAAUCCCCAAAGAAUCAUAUUAUCAGUGGACGGUACACCAAUCAGAGAAUUCAAAAACUUGGAAUCUAUUGGAAUCCCUUUCCCGAAAAACCAAGCAAUGAGGCUAUACUCUAGCCUCUGGGAUGCUGAAGACUGGGCAACACAAGGAGGACGAAUCAAGACAGACUGGUCCAAGGCUCCAUUUUUGGCUUCAUACAGGAAUUUCAACGCUGAUGCAUGUGUCUGGAUUAACGGCAGAUCUUCAUGCCGUGGCUCGGGCACAAGCUCUGCCUGGAUGGGCCAACAACUCGAUAUCACAAAUCAGCAAAGGCUACAAUGGGUACAGAGGAACUACAUGAUUUACAAUUACUGCACUGAUAGACAAAGGUUCCCUCAGGGUUUUCCAAAGGAAUGCACAGCCCGCAGUUAAAAAAUUCUAAACUAUGUAAAAUCAGCAACUUUACACUUUUGACUAGUCUAAUUUUCCCAUCUAUAUUUGUUUCUGUACAAAAUGGCAUACUGCAUAAGAAGUUUGAAUUCGUAAGUAAUUUGUAUAAUUAUAAAUAUGCAGUAAUAAGAUAUAAGGUUGUGUUUAUGCAA